CCCUCCCACAACGUCUUCUUUGUCGCAGCUCGCUGCUCCGACUUGCUUCCUUCAACCCACGACACUCAUCUCGAAAGCCAUGUAAGUAUCCAGAUCCGGUCUGCGCAGCUUCAUGGAGCUCAAUUGGAGCUCAUGAAAAGCAUUACUUGCUCUUUCUGAAGCAAGAGACUCCAUGGCUGCGCUACCCCGCAUUCUCCAACCCGCAUCCGCUGACCUCAUGUCCCACAGUCACCAGCCGACAAGAUGAGAGCCAAAUGGAGGAAGAAGCGCGUUCGACGUCUCAAGCGUAAGAGGAGAAAGGUUAGGGCCAGAUCCAAGUAAACGACUCGCCCCCUCAAAUCUCGACCUACCACCAUCCCAAUCAUGAUCCACGGUACCAAUACAACGAGCGAUCUGUGGCGCGCGUCCUUUAAACUCACUCUCGACACCUCGGCAAUCGAGCGACUCGGUGGUCAUCUGCGGAGGAAGCAUUUUCAAGCGCUGGAUUGGGGUUGCUACGGAAAGUCGGUCAAUAUCUCCAUGUUGAGGACUUCGAGUGUUUCUUGAAACAUCACCCAAAUUGUCCACUCUAAUACCGGCUUGCUUCCGAGCUUGCCUUUGAGUCAGGACGUAUGCCAUGUGGAGGAUUACUCUGAUACGAAAAAUCAAUGACACUUCACGAC